CCUUGUGUACUUUCACAGCAGAUGCGGAGAAAAGAGAACAGCAGACAAAGCAGACCCGAGUUUGCUUCCCUUUCUUCUUAUUAUACCCUGCAGAGCAAAAACAGGAAGCAGCUAUGGCCAGCAGUAGAGCGGCAAUGCCAGCCCCUGUGUGUCUGAUAGAGAACAGCUCCACUGGACAGCUUCGUGUGAACCAGCAGGCGCUGGAGAUCCUGUCCCAGAUUGACCAGCCGGUGGUGGUGGUGGCUAUCGUGGGCUUGUAUCGCACAGGCAAAUCCUACCUCAUGAACAAGCUGGCUGGGAAGAGAUCGGGAUUCUCCCUGGGGUCGACCAUACAGUCCCACACUAAAGGCAUCUGGAUGUGGUGUGUCCCUCACCCGUGUAAACCCGGCCACACCCUCGUGCUGCUCGAUACGGAGGGGCUGGGAGAUGUGGAGAAGGGAGACCAGAAGAAUGACUGCUGGAUCUUCGCUCUGGCUGUCCUGUUGAGUAGCACCCUGGUUUACAACAGUCGUGGCACAAUCGACAACAAUGCUCUUGAAAACCUGCAGUAUGUGACGGAGCUAACUGACUUGAUCAAGGUGAAGUCUCAGGACAGUGCCAGCGAGGAAGAGGACUUUGACUACGUGCGCUAUUUCCCUCAGUUUAUCUGGGCUGUGCGUGAUUUCACCCUGGAGCUGAAGAUCGAGGGAGUCACUGUAUCAGCGGAUGAGUAUCUGGAGCAUGCUCUCUCCCUCAAGAAAGGCUUUGGCAAGAAGGUAUCAGAUUACAACCUCCCACGAGAGUGCAUUCGCAACUACUUCCCCACGCGGAAGUGCUUUGUGUUUGUAGCGCCGACAGCAGGAGAGAACAUGAGCCGCCUCGAGACAAUGGAGGAGAAUGAGCUGAGUGGCACAUUCUUGCAGGUCACCAAACAGUUCUGUGCAUGCAUCUUCACAAAGUCUACUGUCAAGACCAUCAAGGGAGGGCACAAAGUCACCGGGAGAAUGCUGGGUAGCCUGGUCAGCACCUAUGUGGACACCAUCACAAGCGGUUCGGUGCCCUGCUUGGAUAAUGCAGUGCUUGCCAUGGCUCAGAUUGAGAACAAAGCUGCCGUGCAGGAGGGGUUUUCUGUGUACCAGAAGGGGAUGGAGCAGUCACUGCAGAUCCCAGUGGAGAGGGACACGAUUUCUGAGCAGCAUGGAAAGUGGGAGAAACAAGCCCUGGAGACCUUCAUGAAGCGGUCCUUCAAGGACGAUGGACAAAUACACCAAAUAACUCUAGCGGAACACAUUAACAGUUACUAUGUUGAGCUUAUGAAGCGCAAUGAUGCCGUCUCCAUAAAAGCAUGCAACGACCUGCUUGUGGAUCUGUCAGGCCAGAUGAGUCACAAUCUGCAGCAAGGAGUUUACGCAACAUCAGGAGGCUACAAGCUGUACUGCAAGGACCGUGACCAUGUGGUGCAACAAUUCAGAGCCACGCCCAACAAGGGAACGAAGGCAGAGGACGUUCUGGAUCAAUUUCUAAAACAGAAGAAAAUCGAAGCUGCCUCCAUUCUGCUGGCUGAUCAAAAACUCACAGAAAAUGAGAAGCAAAUAGCCAACGAGCGGGAACAUGCAUUCCAAAUGGAGCAGCAGAACAAAGCAAUGGAGGAGGAAAGCCGUCAGAUGAUGCGCACCUUGGAGGAUGAGCGGAGGAGCAAUGCUGAGAACCAGCGGCAAUUGGAGCUGAAGAUGCAGGAAGAGAGAGAGAACGCCCGCAAGGAGUACGAGAGCGCGCUGGAGAGCAAGCUGAAAGAGCAGGAGGAGCUGAUAAAGAAGGGCUUUGAGGAUAAAGCAAGGAUGCUGCAGGAGGAGAUCAGCCAGUUCAAAGAAGAGUCAAAGGGCUGGUUACCUGUAGCUAAGACACUUCUUGACACAGGUGUGAGUGCACUUAAUUCUUACUUACAGUACAAAUCUAUAACGAAUUUAAUAAAAAAAUAGUGAAAGUACUUUUAUGUGUGAAGUUGUAAGAGGGAUCAUUAUAAACAGAGAUGGUUAAACUGGGUUAUUUCCAAGCACUAUAUAAAUAUGAUUAUUUUCAUUUAUUUGUAGUCAAUCUCCAAAUGUCUAUACAAUGAACAAUUAAACAUUCUCUGUCAUUCUCUCUGUGAUUAAAUAAAAGGA